CGUGCUUUUGAAAAGACCCGCAACGAAACCGGUACAAAAUGUUUCCAGGGCGGUUUCGGAUUUUUAUAUAAAAUAUGAAACGCGUUUCUACCAUGAGGGUAAAAAAGGGAAACGGAUCUUCGACUCAUCUUCCUUCCCCUUUCACACUGCAAUUUAUACAAUAGCCCAAACCGAACCAUCUCCUCUCCGUCUCCAACGUCUCGAAGUCUAGGCGAACGCAUCUUCGACUCAUCAGUUCUUCCGUCUUCGACGGUCUGUUCGGCUUCAUCAGUGCAUCAACGGCGUCGGCGUGAGCUCCCUUCCUCUCCGGUAUCUCGAAAUCUCGGCGAAGUCUAGAACAACCGUCUUCAUCAGUGCACUUAAUCUGUUACGCUAUUUUAACUUGUCGUUUCAGAAGUUUGCGAGCAGUUCAAAUGUAGUGUGACAGACCUCAGUUGCUUGGAAAUAAAGAAGAUUUUUUUCAUGUAAAUUAGCAACUGGCAACCUUGCCAAAAUAUCUGAUUGUUAAAAGACCCAUCAGAUGCACUGGCAUCACUGUUAGAUCAUCAAUCAAUCAAUGGAGGGUACAGAGACCCUAAAGUUGACGUGCAACACUUGUGGCAAUGUAGGCUUUGCGGAUGGAUUGGAUGGCUACUAUUACUGCCAAAAUUGUGGAGCCCAGGCUGAAGACAUCAUAGAAACUGGUGUGGCAGAUGAGGACUUCAUGGCAACGGGUGCUGGUACGGGCACUGCCCUUUACCAGACUAGUCACACCCGCCAUGUUGCUAAAUCUCGGCCAGCGAAUCAAUUUGUACCCCUCUCACAACAGUCAACUUUCUGGUCCCCGCUGUUUGAAGUACCAAAAUCCACCACAAAUGACAAUAACAAUACUGUUGGCUCUCAGAAUAUUUGUAAGGUUAAGAGAGAAGAGGUGUGUUAUGAGGAUGGUGUUGGACCCACAGAGCCUGAGGAUUUUGGUUUGGGUUCAGAUCUAGGAGAAAUUCAGGCAGGAUAUGAGGAUUAUCAUUUUGAGGUGAGGAUGAAGUAUGUCAUGGGGGUGCAGUUGAUGAUUCAGCUACAAUGUGAGGCUUUGGUUGAGAAGUUUAGUGUUUGUCCUUUGAUCUGUGGGGUGGCUGGGUCAAUAUGGUUGAGGUUUCUUGCAUCAACGGGAGUUCUACAUGAAGACUGGGCUGAUAAAGCAAUUAAUGAAUCUGAGAGUCAAAAACAAGGAGAAUGUGAAGAUUUUACACCUCGUGCAAAAUAUAGACAAGAGCCUCACAACUUACAUGGUCAGAGAGCAGUAAUGAUAUGGUUUAGGUUGUUGAGACGGAAGAUACCGUUAUCUUGUCCUUUAGCCAUAUCAUUUUUAGCUUGUCAUGUUGCAAGGGAAGCAGUAUUGCCAACAGACAUAGUGAAGUGGUCAAUUGAAGGAAAACUUCCAUAUUUUGCUGCUUUUGUUGAAAUCGAAAAGCGAUAUGGGCAGCCUUCAGUUGCCUGUUCUAUAAGUACAAGUCAUAUGUUCAGACCAUCUAAAGCUGUUCCUGUACAAAAGUUGGAAUCAUUGGCUGCAUCCAUUGCUGAGUCUAUUGGUUUACAUUUACCUCCAAUAAACUUCUAUGCCAUUACGUCCCGCUAUCUCAAAAAGUUAUCUCUUCCUGUGGAGAAGAUUCUUCCUUAUGCAUUACGAAUACAAGAGUGGUCAAUGCCUCCUGAUUUGUGGUUAUCAACAAAUGAGUUGAGGCUUCCUAGUCGUGCUUGUUUAAUGUCUAUACUGAUUGUAGCUAUCAGAAUUCUCUAUAAUAUAAAUGGUUUUGGGGCAUGGGAAAGGAGCCUGUCCAGUCGUAAUGUUUCCUGUUCAGCAUCGACCCCUGGAGAAAAAUUGAAUCCCAAGUGUCAUUUCCAAAGGAGAGAUGUUGAAGACGAUUCAGUUUCUCCAUCCAACACCUUUGAUGAUUCAGGUGCACAAUUUGGUAAGAGUCCACAGUUGAAGGAACCUGAAUUGGAUGCUGAAGAGCUUCUCUAUAAUUUGGAUGCUAGAUAUGAUGAUGUCUUUGACACCCCUGAGUAUUCCAAGGACUUACCAACAUAUCUGCAAUAUUGUAAGGAUGUUGUCUUUGCUGGACUAGAACCACCGCAUGAUGAUCAUGAGGAAACAAGGAUGAUUGAGCAGUUUUGGAGUUUCUAUCAGCUUGAAAAGGAAUCUGAGCCUGCAGAUGAUAUUGGAAUGAGAUUUGAUAGUGUUAUUAACCAAAAGAGAACAAGGGAUGAUAGUUCUCUUAACACUCACUUUAAGGAAAACAAAAGAACCAGAGACAUAGGGUGUAAUGUUAUGCCAGCUGAUCAUUAUGGAACCUUUCUUGGAGAUGACAAUUCACAGAAGGAUUUAACAGACAAUAACUCUUUGCAAAGUUCACCAGAUCCAAAUUCAGAAACCAAUGAUGAAGCUUUAGCAGAGAGAGCCAUAAGACGGUUGAAAUUAGAUAUGGAAGAGAAUAGGUUCUGUUAUAUUCCACCAAGGGUCAAACUCAAGAGACUCGAUUACCUUUACUAUGUCCGGAAAAAGGAUGAAGGCGCCUUUAUGUAUGCUGCACAUGCAGAUUAUUACAUAUUGCUUCGUGCUUGUGCUAGGGUCGCCCAGGUUGACAUUCGAAUUAUGCAUUUUGGUGUACUGAGCUUUGAGAGACGACUAGCUUGGCUUGAAAAUAGAAUAGAUCACUGCUUGCAUUUGUCACCUCCUAGUGUUACUUGUGAGUUUUGUAGUGAUGUAGUAGAAGUUGCUGGAGAUGACCCCAAUUGUACUAUAGCAGAUGUUCCAAUUGAAUUAUCAACUUUGAAUAUAUGAAAUCAGUAAAUUCUUUAUA